CAGGCCAGCGCAGACGUGGAGAGCCCCAGCCCCAGCCCCGGCCCGGCCCGGCCCGGCCCCGCCAUGCUGGACUUCGCCAUCUUCGCUGUCACCUUCGUGCUGCUGCUGGUGGGCGCCGUGCUCUACCUCUACCCGGCUUCUAGGCAAGCUUUGGAUAUCCCGGGAAUGGCUCCAACAGAUGAAAAGGAUGGCAACCUGCCAGACAUCAUAACCAGUGGCAGCCUGCAUGAGUUCUUGGUGACUUUGCAUGAGAAGUAUGGCUCAAUUGUUUCCUUUUGGUUUGGAAGACGCCUUGUGGUCAGUCUGGGAUCAGUUGAUCUCUUGAAGCAGCACAUUAACCCCAAUAGGAUAUCGGAUCCUUUUGAAAUGAUACUCAAAUCCUUGUUGAGAUACCAGUCCGGCCUGAGUGGUGAUGCAGGAGAGAGUCACCUGAGGAAAAAGCUGUAUGAAAAUGGUGUGACUAAGUCCUUGCAGAGUAACUUUGCUGUCAUCCAAAAGCUGUCAGAAGAGUUGCUAGCAAAAUGGUUGUCCUUUCCCGAGUCUCAACACGUGCCUCUUUGCCAGCACAUGCUGGGUUUUGCCAUGAAAUCUGUUACACAGACAGCAAUGGGCAGUUACUUUGAAGAUGAUCGGGAAGUAAUUCACUUCCGUAGGAACCACGAUGCGAUCUGGGCUGAAAUUGGGAAGGGUUUCUUGGAUGGAUCACUUGACAAAAGUACUACCAGGAAAAAGCAGUAUGAAGAUGCUUUAAUGGAGAUGGAAUCGGUCUUAAAGAAAGUCAUAAAGGAGCGGCGGGGCAGGAGCUUCAACCGGCAUAUCUUCAUCGACUCCUUACUGCAAGGGAAACUGAGUGACAAGCAGAUCCUAGAAGACACAAUGAUAUUCUCCCUGGCAGGAUGCGUAAUCACUGCUAACUUGUGCACCUGGGCAGUUUAUUUCCUGACUACCUCAGAAGAAAUCCAGAAGAACCUCUAUAAAGAGAUAGACCAAGUUUUUGGGAAGGGCCCAGUUACACUUGAGAAAAUUGAGCAGCUCAGGUACUGCCGACAGGUGCUGUGUGAGACUGUACGGACAGCAAAGCUUACUCCAGUUGCUGCACGGCUGCAGGAGCUGGAGGGAAGAGUUGACCAGCAUGUUAUCCCCAAAGAGACUCUUGUGCUCUAUGCUCUCGGGGUGGUGCUCCAGGACAGCUCAGCUUGGCCAUCACCUUACAAAUUUGAUCCAGACAGAUUUCAUGAUGAACCCACCAUGAAAAACCUUUCCCUGUUGGGGUUCUCAGGAAGUCAAGAGUGCCCAGAGCUGAGGUUUGCUUAUAUGGUGGCUACAGUGUUGCUGAGUGUGCUGGUCAGGAAACUGUACCUGCAUCCUGUGAAAGAGCAAGUCACAGAGUCCAAAUAUGAGCUGGUCACCUCACCAAAGGAGGAGGCAUGGAUAACUGUGUCCAAAAGAAGCUAAGAGGAAGCAAGGCAAGGAGUAGGAAAGAUUGUGCUUCAGAAAGGCACCGUCCAGCAUCAUGUCACCAUUUCAAUGUCACUAUUUUGUUACCUUCCAUUUUCUAACUCAGCAGCCCCUUGUUAUUUUUUUUCUAACUCAAAAAAUUGUCACAUUAAAGUAGAAUUAAUUUUUA